AUGGACGAAGUGAAGGACAGCCAGACUGACCACACAGAGAGCAGCUCAGAGAACAGCUCCAGAAAGCAGCAGCCGGUCACAGCCUGCCUGUUCAGUGCAGCCUUCUUUGGGGCCCUCGGUUCAUCGUUCCUUUACGGCUACAACCUGUCGGUGGUUAAUGCUCCUGCUCUGGUGAGUCAAACUCUCAGGCUGCCAUGUAAGGCUUGUUGUUACGACAGGGUGCUGGAGAGCCCUCAUGCCCUGAAUGGACCCAUGCAGCUGGUGAGGGCUGGCCCCAAUGCCCCACCUCCUAGUCUCUCAGUGGAGGUUGGACCGGAUGCCUCACCACCUUCCUGUGUUUUUGUGGGGGCUGGUCUUGAUGCCCCACCUCCUGGUAUCUCAGUGGGGGUUGGACCGUAUGCCUUACCACCUUCCAGUGCUUCAGUGACGGUGGGUCCAGACACCUUACUACCUUCCAGCAUUUCAGAUGGGGUCCAGGUGGAUGCCGCUCAAUGUUCCUGCGAGGGGGUCCAAGUGGACGCCUCUUACCGGUCCUGUGAAGGGGUCCAAGUGGACGCCUCUCAGUGUUCCUGUGAGGGGGUCCAGGUGGACACCUCUUACCGUUCCUGCGAGGGGUCCAGGUGGAUGCCUUUCAUCUCAUCAACUGUGUCUCCAGCACCUCCUUCUCUGAUUUUGGUGGUGCCUGUUCAGUCCAGCGAGGCUGAACCUUCUGAGAGCCUGCCCCAGCCUACCAAGUGGCAGAGACUCUUUGGGGCUGAACCUCCUGAGGAACUGUCUUUGCCGGCAAAGAAGGUGACCAUCACUAUCGACCACCCACGGGACCUGCUGCCACAUGCUGGACAGCCCCCUGGCUUCCCCCUGAACAUCUGUCCUGUGCUAGAUGGCCUCCAGGCCAUUCACCAGAACUGCUUACUCCUGUUGGACAGCCUCCCAGCUGUCCACCAGAAUUACUUCCAUCUGCUAGGCGGUCUCCCGGUCGUUCACCUGAACUUUUGCCACAUGAUGGACGGGAUCCCAGCCGGUCCUUGGAGAUGUGGUCUUGUAAAGGGAACUUUGCUGCUGAAUAACAGCUUUGCUCUGACAGCUGCUCUGUUGCUGUCACUGGGUGAGCUGUCAAGAUCAUUCGAAAUGCUCAUCAUUGGUCGGGUCGUUAUGGGGGUGAACUCUGGUAUAGCUCUAAGUGCCCUGCCCAUGUACCUGGGCGAGAUUUCUCCAAGACACAUCAGAGGCUUUAUUGGUCAGUUCAACUCCAUCCUGAUCUGCUUAGGAGUGUUCACAGGGCAAGUGCUGGGACUGCCGCAGCUGCUGGGUCAGGAGUCCAGGUGGAACUACCUGUUUUCCUUCCUGGCAGUCCCAGCAGUGCUGCAGCUGUGUGUCCUGCCCUUCCUCCCUGAAAGUCCUCGGUAUCUGCUGAUGGAGAAGAGGGACGAGGCCGGAGCAGAAAAAGCUUUUCAGAGGUUUUUGGGGAAGAAGGAUGUGUCCCAGGAGCUGGAAGAGGUCCAUGCGGAGGCCCGAGCUCAGGACAACCUCCACGCUGCCUCUGUGCUCCAGCUGCUGAGGAGCCCAGCUGUUCGUUGGCAGCUCAUCACCAUUAUCAUCACCAUGGCCUGCUAUCAGCUCUGCGGCCUCAAUGCUAUCUGGUACUACACUAAUGGGAUCCUACGUGCAGCAGGCUUCGCUGAGAAUUUACUGCCCUACAUCACACUGAGCACAGGAGCUGUUGAGACUCUGGCUGCUAUCAUCUCUGGUCUGGUGAUAGAGCGAGUUGGAAGAAGACCCCUCCUCAUAUUUGGUUUCUCCUCCAUGGCUGUAUUCUUCAGCUUGCUUACAGUUUUUCUCAACAUCCAGGAUAGUGUUUCAUGGAUGCCUUACCUCAGUUACGUCUGUAUACUGGCUGUGAUUGCAGCCUUUUGCUCUGGACCAGGUGGCAUCCCAUUUGUCCUGACUGGGGAACUGUUUGAACAGUCCUACCGACCUGCUGCCUUCAUGAUUGCUGGCUCAGUGAACUGGCUGUCAAACUUUGCGGUGGGCCUUUUAUUCCCGUUCAUUCAGGAAACCCUACAGACGUUCUUGUUUUUAGAACCCCUGUGA